CCCCGUUUUGUUUUGACAUGGCGAAGUGUGGGGUUUCGAAUUGACACUUUUGGAGCUUUUGCGACUUUAAAACGGCGAAAUCAGCAUGGAGAGAGAAGAGAAGGCGCUCGACAUAGCGCUGGACGCUAUGAUCAGCCGCACUCAAGACCUGAAAAACUCCAUCGCGAGCUUCAUAGUCAAGCUCGAGACAGAGUACGAGACCCUGCAGUGGCCCUCCGUGCUGGACAGCUUUGCCCUCCUGUCGGGCCAGCUGAACACCCUCCUGAAGGUGCUGAGGAACGACAAGACGCCGCCGCUUCGGAAUCGCAUCCUCCUGCCGCUGCUCCUCAACCCGGAGAGGGACGAGGAGCUUGCGAAGUUGACGGAGAAUCGCAUCCAGUUCUUCAACCACGAGGUGGUGCCGGACUACCUCCGCACCAAGCCAGACCCGGAAAUAGAGGCGGCCGAGCUGCAGGUCACCUCCAAGGCCAGCCUCCUGUCCUUGGAUACUGCCCAGAAGCAGAUCGCAGCACUGAACAAGGCAGCCAACACCAUUCUGGACGGGGUCAAGAACCUUCAGGAGAACUGGGAGAGCAACUCAGGUCAGCGGGGCACCAUAGCGCAGACGUCGUCCCUGCAGGACACCAAUGCGCUGAUUGCAGCGCUGAGCGUGGGGAAGGGCCUGCGACCUUCUCUCGGCUCGCCCAAGAGCCAGUCCCCGCUGCCGCAGGUGUCCGGGCAACAGCGGGGAGGCAAGGCCUUCGCCAUGCACCCUGGCGGAAAGAUGCCAAGCACCAUCAAGACCAACAUCAAGUCAGCGGGGGCCAGUCAUCCCUACGGGAGGUGAACCCGGCAAUAAAGCGGACGAGUCCAAACCGUGCA